UAUUCAUCUCCUUGUUUAUCACACUUACCUUCUCUCCCACAUUCAUGGCAUCUGAAGAUAGAGGGCGUCCAUUGCCCAAGUUUGGAGAGUGGGAUGUCAAUGACCCAGCAACAGCUGAAGGAUUUACCGUAAUAUUCAACAGGGCUCGAGAUGAGAAAAAGGCUAGCCUCCAUGGUGGGAAAGUUUCGACCCCCCCAAGGAAUGAUAGUGCCUACAAAAGAAGUGAAAGUGAAAGUGAUUACUAUCAGAAGUCUCUAAGGAGAAAGUGGCUUUGCUGUGGUUGAACUUGAAUCCACUUUCAUCUUUCAGAGAAUUAUUUUGUCUUUCAUUUCAAAACUUCGCUAUAUUAUCGGCAAAUAGAAGGAAAAUAAAUUGAUAUAAAAAGCAUAAUUUCUCUUUGUUCAUAUGAACAAACUCAGCUCGGUUGUCUAAUGGUUUUAUGAGUCUUCUGUUGGCUCGUAUAAGCUAAAAGAUUAUUUCUUUCUCCCUUGAUAUUCUAUGGUGUUAAUCUUCAUUUCUUAUAUGGCAAUGCAAUAAAACGAGGAAGCUUCAAAUUCA